AUGGAAAACCCUAACAUCACUGUUCACACAAAUCUUCUAUCGAAGCAAGACCUGGAAAAGCAAGACCCCACCCGUAUUUUCCCGGCAAUCUCUGAGCUCAAAACAGAGGCAAAGUCACUCUUCUCCUUAGCCUUCCCCACAAUCCUCGCCGCCCUCAUCCUCUACGCUCGCUCCGCCAUCUCCAUGCUCUUCCUCGGUCAUAUCGGCGAACUAGAGCUCGCUGGUGGCUCAUUGGCCAUUGCCUUCGCCAACAUCACUGGCUAUUCAGUUCUCGCAGGCCUUGCACUCGGUAUGGAUCCACUCUGUUCUCAAGCCUUUGGAGCCGGCAAACCAAAACUCCUCUCUCUAACUCUCCAACGAACCGUACUUUUCUUGCUCACAAGUUCCCUAGUAAUCGUCGUUUUAUGGCUCAACUUGGGAAAGAUCAUGAUCUCUCUCCAUCAAGAUCCAAGCAUCUCAUCAUUGGCUCAAACAUAUAUUCUCUGCUCUAUUCCUGAUCUACUCACCAAUUCAGUUUUGCACCCUCUUCGUAUAUACCUUCGAGCACAAGGUAUCACAAGCCCACUAACUCUUGCCACACUCGCCGGCACCAUCUUCCACAUACCUAUGAAUUUCUUCCUAGUUUCUUACCUUGGAUUGGGUUUCAUCGGUGUUUCAAUGGCCGCCGCCGCUUCAAAUCUCUUUGUCGUCGUGUUCCUUGCGACUCACGUUUGGGUCAAAGGUCUACACUCAGCGACGUGGACCCGCCCUAGCUCAGAAUGUUUCAAAGACUGGGGUCCACUGGUCAGCCUUGCCAUACCAAGCUGCGUCGGCGUAUGCCUAGAGUGGUGGUGGUACGAGAUCAUGACCGUUCUAUGUGGUUUACUCGUAAACCCUAAAACGCCAGUGGCAGCAAUGGGUGUUCUUAUCCAAACGACGUCUUUGCUUUACAUUUUCCCGUCGUCUCUCGGACUCGCGGUCUCCACACGCGUCGGUAACGAACUCGGGUCAAACCGCCCGAACAAGGCUAGGUUAUCCGCCAUAGUUGCGGUUUCCUUUGCCGGGGUAAUGGGUAUGACCGCGUCUGCGUUUGCGUGGGGAGUAAGCGACGUCUGGGGACGGAUUUUUACAAACGACGUCGAUAUCAUCAAGUUAACAGCCGCCGCGCUGCCAAUUCUAGGGCUAUGCGAGCUCGGGAACUGCCCGCAAACAGUAGGUUGCGGGGUUGUUAGAGGGACCGCUCGGCCGUCGAUAGCGGCCAACGUAAACCUAGGCGCGUUUUACCUCGUUGGAACGCCUGUAGCGGUUGGGCUAACGUUUUGGGCCGCGUAUGGGUUUAGCGGGCUUUGGAUAGGUCUUUUCGCGGCUCAGAUAUGCUGUGCGGCUAUGAUGCUUUACGUCGUGGCUACUACAGAUUGGGAGGGAGAAGCAAAGAGAGCCAAAAAGCUAACGUGCACUGAAAGCGUGGAUGUGGUGAUUACAGCGCAAAGUAACGACGGUGACUCAGCGGAACCACAAUUGUACAUUGUCACUGUCGCUGCUGACUGA